CUCUGCUGAAUGAAUAUACCAGAACUGACUUGUUCUACAAUUAAAGGGCAUUUGGGGGCCCCCGUAUCUUGGCCAUCACAAGCACAGGACUGGGGACAGUUUUGCUGGGACAAGUCUUCCUGUGCAUGUGUCUCUCUUCGCUUCCGUUGGGCACAUCCCAGGAGUGGAAUUGCCUCCGGCUACCUCUGGAAUUCAUUCCAGUCGGACUCUAGCCCCCGCCACUCCUGCAGAGGAGCUCUGCCAAGUCCCCGGUGGCCCUGCUCAGUGCUGGUCCAUCCUCAUCUGAAGCAACUUCUCUGCAGCACUUGGCACAGCCGACCACUGACCUCUUGUGACAGUCUCCCACUUGGCUUCUAGGGCCCCCCUUUGACCUCUUCCUCUGUCACAGUGUCCCUUCUCAGACUCCUUUGCCAGAUCCUCCUCCUUUCCAGCGCUAGCCUUGGAGCCCUUUGGGGGAGGGCCAUGGCCUUGUGUCCUCCCCAUCCACACUCACUCCCCAGGGCUCCGAUUUCCCCCAGGCUUCACCACCCUUUACACAGGGACGGUCCCCACGCUGACAUCUCCUGACACGUGUCCCUUGCUGCUGCACUUCAGCACUUGGUCAUGUAAAAGGCACCUCAGAUUUAACAAAUAGAACCUAAAUUCUGAUCCCCCAGGCCUGCCCCUCCUACAGUACCUCCCCUCCCAUCUUAAUACACGAAACUCCUUCCUUCUCUUUAUUUUGCGGCUCACAAGCAAACCUUAUUGCACCAGCUUUCGAAAUACAUCCCAGGUCUGCCUGCUCAUGACCCCUCCGCUGACACCCGGGUCACAGCCACCAGGUGCCCGCCCUCCUCUCUCACCCUUGGCCCAGAGCUUCCAGGGACUGCCCACCUGCCCGAGGCCUGCCUCCUGAGGUCCUCACCCCUGCUCUUGCUCCCACCCUCUCAGCCAAACCCGCCUCUGACCACGACCCCGACAUGCUGGGGGCCCCUGUCACAGUGCCUUGGCACUUGCUCUUCCUUCUGAUACGCACAUGGCUCGCUGUCCUUCCUGCAGCUUCUGCUCAGAUGUCACCUCUCAGGAGGCCUUCUUGACCACUUCCUACUUGAUUGCUACGCAGUCUAUGUCUGUUUGGUUUACUGUCUGUUUUCCUGUUCUAGAAUGUAGGCUCUAUGAGGGUGAGACUUAUUCGUUCCUACUUCCCAGAGCCAGGGGCAGGGCCUGCACACGGCGGACUCCCCAAGGCACUAACAGGCUUACCCUGCAAGUGUACCUUUGGAAGGUUUUCUGGCCACGUUUGUGGCCCCACAUUGCCUACUGAGAAUGCUGUAAACAGGCAUGACAGAAGCUUCCAGAAAUUGGAUGUGGUUUAACAGAGCGAGGUCACUGAAUUUUCCAAGGUGUCCAGUAAAAUGCCAUGUGGUGUUUUCAAAAUUCCACACAACUCUGCCGUGCCAACUUGAGCCUCGCAAAUUCCUUCAUGUCUCCCUUGCCUCCUAGGUUCCCGUUCAGCCGCCCAGAGCUGCUGAAGGAAUGGGUGCUGAACAUUGGCCGGGGCAACUUCAAGCCCAAGCAGCACACGGUCAUCUGCUCCGAGCACUUCCGACCCGAGUGCUUCAGCGCCUUUGGAAACCGCAAAAACCUGAAGCAGAAUGCCGUGCCCACGGUGUUCGCCUUUCAGGAUGCCGCGCAGCUGGUGAGGCAGAACGCGGACCCGGCCGGCGGGGGUGCACACGUGGACUCUUACGAGGAGGUCGUGCCUGAGGCGGGGCCGGCAGAGGGCGGCCUGGGGAGGAGGACUGCCAGUGCCCUCGAAGUGCUGCCCCCGAGCGCUGGCGGUGCCACGGAACAGGGCUUGCUGCAGAGACCGCAGGGAACCCCGGCCCCCGGUCAGCCGGCCAGCCCCACACAGCCGUCCGACCACAGCUACGCCCUUCUGGACCUAGAUGCCCUAAAAACAAAACUCUUCCUGACCCUGAAGGAAAAUGAAAAGCUCCGAAAGCGCCUGAAGGCCCAGAGGCUGGUGAUGCAGAGGAUGUCCGGCCGCCUCCGCGCCCACAGAGCGGGGCAGCCGGGACCGCAGAGCCGAGCUGGGCGGCCAGGCUUCCCUGUCAGCGCCUCUGGGGCUCGGGCCGUGGCCCCUGAAGCGACAGUGAGGCAGGCCAGGCCCACCACCAGCCACCUCAGGGGAGGUGUAGCCGCAUCGGCCCGGGACAGGAGCGGGACCGUGGGCAGGACAGGCUCGGUCCUCCCGGAGGGGACGGGGCCCAACUGUCCUUCCACCGAAAGCUGGGCGGGGGUCUUCAGCACCACAGCGUGAGGAGGCGUCCUGAGCCGAUGGGGGUGGAGUGCGUUUCCCGAGGGGCGGCGGGGCCCAGGGAAGGACACGAGAGGGGGUGACGGCGCAGUGGCUGAGACUGGCCUCUGUUGUGAGGCGGGCCUCCCCGGGGCCUGGGGUGAGUGAUGGACAGAAUAAAGUGUCUUCCU